AACCAUAACCCGUGUCGGAAAGGAAGUACUGGUGAAACUCUCCACGUUCCUAAAACUUGAAGUCAGUCGUUUUUCGGUGAAUGGUUGGUGUGCACAGCGGUGAGUUUUCCGUGACCAAGAAGGUGAUCAUUCGGUUAUGUGUUCGUUAUCGGAAAAUUCGAGCAAUAUUACGUGCAUUCCGGAACUCCGCAACGGAAGUGGUUUGGAAGUGUUUUUGCAGCAGAAAUGGAACGAUUUUCUGGACGUUGCUGGUGACGAUCCGGCCAACCUGCACGUCUGGGGUAUGCUGGCCUGUGUAUACUCCCAGUACUGGUUAAUUGGUGGUCUGUAUGUGUUCAUGGAUGUUCGCGGAUGGCCCAGGUUCCUGCGCAAGUACAAAACGCAACCCGGUGUCAACGAACCGAUCUCGUGGGCGGAUCUUCAGCGGGUAAGUUGCCGUUUGAAGUUUGAACGCAUGUCUCCGUACUAUACAAGGAUCAUUUUCAUCAUCCAGAUCCUAAAGACUGUGCUGAUCAACCAGGCCCUGUUGACGGUACCUAUGGCGUACUUUGGGUUCCACCUGGCAGGUAAACAUACCCUUCCGGAUGUCCGAGCCCUCCCACGGCUAACCACAAUCAUCCGAGACCUCAUAAUCUGUCUGGUCCUCUGGGAAGCCACCAACUACUGCACCCACCGAGUCCUUCACCACCGUCUCAUCUACCGGUUCGUCCACAAGCGGCACCACGAGUUCACGGCCCCGAUCGCUUGGGUCGCCAGCUACGUUCACCCCGUGGAACACAUCGUCAGCGAUACGAUUCCGGCCUCCAUCGGACCGGCCCUGCUCAACUGUCACCUGGUGACGGCGGUGCUGUGGUUCAGCUGGCUCGUGCACCACUCGUUGAUCACCCACUCCGGCUAUCAUCUGCCGCUGCUCAAGAGUCCGGAAGCGCACGACUAUCACCACUUGAAAUUUACCCAGUGCUACAGUCCACUUGGGGUGAUGGAUUGGUUGUUUGGGACUGAUGAUAGGUUCCGGCAGAGCAAGCACGCGAAACGGGAUCGAAGGUUGUUUGGGACCAAGUCGGCGAGGGAGUUGGUGCCGGACAAGGAUUAGGGUCGCUUGGAAAUCAAAGAGUGUUUAUUAACCAAAGUGACCAAUGUGCAGUGUAAUAUUGUUGCAAAUACAGUUAAAAAAGACUUAAAUUACUAAAGCAUGAUCGUUGAUAUCUGAUAUUGCAGAUUGUCGAGGAAAACAUAAAGUAAAAGUAUAGGUAGGGGAACAGCAUCUAAUUCCAGCGUGCCUCUAAUGUUGGCAGGUCAGAACUUUGACAUUUAAUUAAAGCUAAUUAAAAGCGUUUUCAACUGAACUCGAGUGAUAAAUAGCUCAAUAAAAAGUGAGCAAGCAAGUUUCUACCAAAAGUUUUGCAAAAUUAGUUGUUUAAAUAGUGAAAAUCGGCAAAUUGGAUGGAGUUAGGAGCGAGUGCUUAA